AGAUCCACUUUUUUCCAUUUUCUUUGUCCCAUUUAUAAAAAAAAAUCCAACUGGUGGAGCAAAACUCUCUCUGCGUCUGGCAGAUCCUCUUUUGCUCUCUGCAUUGGACUGAAAAUGGCUGUUUCUUCUCACUCUCAGCGAGAAUGCUUUGAGCUCUUGUAAGAAGGAUCACGGCGAUCGAAUAAUAUAAAGGUGAAGAAGAUGUUUAAGUCAGGGAGAUGGAGGAGCGAGAAGAACAAGAUCAAAAUCGUCUUCAAGCUUCAGUUUCAUGCCACUCUGGUGAGUGAGUUGAAGGGAGAAGGAUUAACGAUCUCUCUUGUUCCCGGAGAUGUUGGGAAACCCACCGGGAAGACAGAGAAGGCGGUGGUGCUCGACGGUUACUGCCGGUGGGAGUCUCCGGUGUACGAGACGGUGAAGUUUGUUCAGGAUGUGAAGACAUGCAAAGUUAAUCAAAGAAUCUAUCAUCUUAUUCUUUCAACCACGGGAUCUACUAAGUCUGGUUUGGUGGGAGAGACUUCCAUUGAUUUUUCUGAUUACGUUGAUGCAAUUAAGACUUGCAACGUCUCUCUUCCUCUUCAGAAUUCAAUUUCAAAAGCAUUGUUGCACGUAUCAAUACAAAAGCAGCUACAAAAUGUGGAUCUGCAAAGAGUGGUGAAAAGCUCAAGGAGUCUAGAUUUGAACUCCCAGUUGAGCAUUGAAGCAGAUGAAAGCCUUAAAUGUGAUUCACUAGAGGAAGGACCGUUCGGUAAAGGUUCCCGGAUCGCUGAACUAAGGCGUCGAGCAUCCAUUGAAUCAGACAGUACGCUGUCAAGCUUUGACAGUGUCUCUGAAGUAGAUACACUGGGGGAACUUGGAAGCAGAGGAGAUCUCAUUCAGCAAAACCAACCAACUAUUAUGCAUCAUCACCAUUCGGUUACAAAUGUGUAUCAUGAAGAGCCUCCUGUAUCAGAAUCCGAGUGGUCAGGAAGCUCUGAUCAAGGAAUCAGCACUGACGACUCCAUGAAUAGUUCUUCGAAUGAUACCAUUCCACCGAGAGACACAACAAGGACUACUUCCUCGGAUGGUGAGGUAGAUAAGCUUAAGGCCGAGCUCGUUGCUUUGGCAAGGCGAGCUGAUUUUUCUGAGCUAGAGCUGCAGAGCCUCAGGAAACAAAUUGUCAAAGAGACCAAGAGAAGUCAGGAUCUCCUGAGAGAAGUGACUACCCUGAAGCAGGAGAGAGAUUCAAAAGUCAGGAACAAGUUGCAGUGUGAAGGAAAGGACACGCAAGUUCUUCUAGAAGAACUGGAUUACGAGAAGGAUCUGAACUCCAGUCUACGGAUACAGCUACAGAAGACAAAAGAGUCAAACACCGAGCUGAUCCUCGCCGUGCAAGAUCUAGAAGCAAUGUUGGGACAAAGACGUAAGAACAACACAGAAGAGCCAAGGAGAAGGUCAUGCACAAGCGAGACAGAUGAAGACGAGGAUCAAAAGGCGUUGGACGAGAUUGUGAAGGGACACAUGGACGCGAAAGAAGCACACGUCCUGGAGCGGAGGAUCACUGACCUUUACAACGAGAUAGAGAUCCAUAAACGAGACAAAGACGACCUUGAGAUACAGGUGGAGCAGCUCGCUCUGGACUACGAGAUUCUUAAACAGGAAAACCACGAUAUCUCGUACAAGCUGGAGCAGAGUCAAGUGCACGAACAGCUGAAGAUGCAGUAUGAAUGUUCGCCUUCUAUUGUAAACGUGAACGAGCUUGAGAAUCAUAUAGAGGGGCUAGAAGCUAAGCUCAAGAUGCAGUCGGAGGAUUUCUCCAAGUCUUUGAGCCGUAUUAAAGAACUUGAAACGCAGAUGGAAGAGGAACUAGAGAAACAGGCUCUGGUCCUUGAAGCGGAUAUUGAAGCUGUCACGAGGGCUAAAGUGGAGCAAGAGAAGAGAGCUAUCGAAGCCGAAGAAGCCUUGAGGAAGUCGAGGUGGAAAAAUGCUAGCGUAGCCGGGAAGAUACAGGAUGAGUUCAAGAGAAUCUCUGAGCAGAUGUCUUCUACGUUGGCAGCGAAUGAGAAGAUGACUAAGAAAGCAAUGAGAGAAACUCGUGACCUGCGCAUGCAGAAGCGUCAGCUAGAAGAGCUUCUCAUGAACGCUAAGGAUGAACUCAGAGAGAAUAAGGUAGAGUAUGAAGCAAAGCUCAGCGAGAUGGAGAGAAUGUUGGGAGGACUUGUGGAGAAAUCCAAAAAUCUAGAGAGUGAGAAGAGGAGACAAGAAGAUGUCAAUGCAGAUUUAACACAGGUGAUCACAAGGCUUAAGGAUGAGAUUGAAAUCUUGAGACUUGAAGCCGAGGCAUCUUUGCAGUUAUGGAACAUAGAGAAAGAUGAGCUAUCAAGCAUGAUUGUAUCGAUGAAGAAAGAAUCAGAGUCUUUGGCAGAGGAGUUGCAGCGUAUCAAAGAUGAAAAAGAAGUAGUCGUUACGCUUUUAGAAUCAGAACUAGAAACUGCAAGAGGGGAAUGUGGUGAUCUACAGCAUUCUUUAUCCAAGAAUGAAUCAGAGAUCGAGAAGCACAUAAGCAACAAGGAAAGAAUAAUACUGCUCGAGGAACACAUCAAGCUAAAGGAGAAUGCUUUAGAAGCCUUUUCAAAGAUGUUUAUCGAAAAGGAAAAGGAAUUGAAUAGCCGAAUCGAAGAAUUGGAGACUGAACUCAACAAACGAAGUCUGAAUAGCCUAGAGACUGGUGAAUCUCUGCAUGGUCCAGAAGCAGCUAUCGCUUUGCAGAGCAGAAAAGUACUGUCAUCGAACAAGAGUGAUGUCCUUGAAGACUUGGUAAAUGAAGUAGCGUCGUUAAAAGAGCAAAAUGGAGACAUGGAGAUGGAGUUGAAGGAGAUGCAAGAGAGGUAUUCAGAGAUAAGUGUAAGAUUUGCAGAAGUUGAAGGUGAGAGACAACGACUUGUCAUGACUGUACGUAAUCUUAAGAAUGCCAAGAGGAGUUAAAAAAAAAAAUCAGUACUCUCAGGACCUGAAAGUAUUAGAAGGUUGUACAAAAUUUAUCUUCAUUUCAAUAUUUAUAAUAUAUUUCCUAUUAUAUAUUUUUUGUCUGAGAGAAAGAAAAGUGAGUUUUGACUACUUUUGGGUGCUGUAUUUAUAUAAAGAUGAACGCGUUGUAUAA